AUGGAUAGCUACUCCCUCCUCUACAGUUCCUCCCACAGAACCGGACUUCUUGCCGGCUUCCAGCGCCUGCGCUCUCAGGGAAACAUGUGUGAUGUCGUCCUGGAGGCUGGCGGUGUAUCCUUCCCUUGUCAUCGCGCCCUUUUGGCCAGCUCCAGCGAGUAUUUUUGGGCUGUGUUUGGAGAGACUACCGCUGAGAGAUUAGCGGGCUGCGUUAGCCUCCCCGCGCUAACACCUGAGGGUUUAGACGCCAUUCUGGACUUCCUGUACUCUGGCUGGCUCAGUGUAUCGCCGUUAACACUUCCUGUCGUCCUUGAGGCAGCCAGGUACUUGCAGGUGGAGACGGCUGUGUCAAUAUGCGAGCGCUUCAUGAUUGAUGGUUUAAGCGUUGAGAAUUGCUGUUGCUAUGCUAACCUGGCCGAACACCAUGUUCUCUCAGAUGCACUUGAAGCUGCCAAUCAAACCAUCGCUAUGGAGAUGGGGACGUUGCUGCAGGAAAGCAGGGAUGACCUUCUCAAGCUGAAUAUGCAGUCAUUGAUGGCGGUGCUCGACGCUGAUGAGAUACCUGGUGUCAAGGAGGUGGAGCUCAUAAAGCUGGCUCUGGAUUGGCUGGAUGACAACGGACCCCUCCCUCUGCUGAAAUCAAAUCUCCUGCUGAGUCGUCUGCGCUUUGGAUUGGUUGCCCCGUCUGAGCUCCCCAAUCUUAGCCAUGCCCACAAAGCCAUGGCGACACCUCUAAUCAGAGGUCAGUUGACUCGGGCGUUGGAGUACCACAGACUGGGUUCAGCUCAGCCAAUCAGACAGAGCAAACAGUCGACACUCAGAGCGUCGCCCAAUCGUGUGCUGCUUGUAGGUGGAGGGUCCAGUCCUGAUUGGCCAGAACAGAAAAUGGUGAUGUUUGAUCCCAGAGGCAGGAAGUUCUCACCUCUGUGCUCCAGCAUCCCGCUGCAGCUGAGAAAUCACUGCGUGUGCUCAGUGGGAGGUUUCCUCUUCGUGAUCGGAGGAGAGGAAGUGAAAGAGGGGGAGGAGGAUGGCAAAAAGUCUGUCACCAUGGUGACAUCCAACCAGGUGUGGCGCUACGAUCCUCGCUUCGAAUGCUGGGUAGCGGUAGAGUCCAUGCUGGAGAGGCGGGCGCAGUUCACCUGCUGCGUAGUAGAGGAUGCUAUUUAUGCCAUCGGAGGACGACACACACAACCAGACGCCAACACACACACCUCCGUAGCUUCUGUUGAGUUUUACGAUAUGGCCACAGGAGCGUGGAGGAGAGAAGCAAACAUGCCUCGCCCCCUUUACGGCCAUGCUUCUGCUGUGCUUGACAACAACAUCUACGUGUCAGGUGGCAACCAGGGCGGCAGUAACCAUGGCGAUAACCGGGAUGACCACAGAGAGAGCAGCAAAGAAGUCCUGUUCUGGGACCUCAAAGGCAGAGCCUGGGAGAAGCGAGCGCCCAUGUCCAUCGCCAGGUUCAGUCAUCGCCUGGCAGUCGCCCAUGGCCACAUCUACGCCUUGUUGGGAAUGUACGAGCCUUUCUGCGAUAUUGAACGAUACGAUCCGCAGUCAGAUGACUGGACCCGUCUUCGACCACUCCUCACUGGCUCCUUUAACUAUGGAAUGGUGUCAGCGCCGUCUGGGAAUCUGCUGGUGUUCGGAGGGAGGAGAUGGAGUGAAGGACAGGAGGUGAUAGUGAAGAGUGUGUUGGAGUACGAUACAAAAAAAGAUCACUGGAGAGAGAUCUGUCAGCUCCCCAGACCUCUCACUGGCACUGAGUGCACACUGCUGCCUUUACCAGACUAA